GCGCGUGUGUGUGUGUGUGUGUGUGUGUGUGUGUGUGUGUGUGUGUGUGUGUGUGUGUGUGUGUGUGUGUGUGUGCGUAAGACAGAAAGGGAGAGAGCGAGAAAUUAGUAAAUUGUCAUUUGUAUCAAAAUACUCGAGCGACGUACUUGUGCGUAAAUGUAUAAGCAUCGUGGUAAAUAGGGAAGAAAGCUCGCGCAUUGGAAUCGCAUUAAUCUCCGUGGCAACUGGUGUCGCCGUGUGGAUAAACAGCGUCUUCACUCCAAUUCUCGAACAAUUCAAUGACCGUGCGCCAUCAGCAACAAGAACAGCGACAGCAGCCUUAUCAUCGUCAUCUUCGUCGUCGUCGUCGUCGUUGUCGGCAGCCUCCCUGCCCCACCCCCUCGCCUAAUGCAAGAGCGCAACGCAGUCGGCGUCUCAUCGCGAACAGAUCGGGCGAGGGCGGCAAUCAACAUGCGAGGCGUCGCUACGUUCCUCCUCUUCGUGGCGCUCGCCACUAUUUCUAGCUCCAAUCUCUCGCCCGACGAGGGUCUAACGAGGAGCUUGGAAAGCGCGCUAAGAGAUGACAAAUUCGCCAUAACAGUGAGUCACAUAAAAGCGAGGAAGAAACUAACGAAUGGAAUCGAGACCCUUUUCGCGGCCGGGUACUUUAGCUCUAAGUCGAAGUUUGUGCUGAUGAUCGAUCGCCGAUCCAAGCGAGUGAUACUAGAAACGGUGGACGAGAAUCAGCGCCGUCGUGAGCACAUAGUGGCCGACAGUCUAAGCGUGCAGGAGCCUCUCAAGAGUCUAAUAUUGAUGGUAAAUCAACGUAGCGGCCGCGUGGAGGUGUACGUGGACUGCGUACGCCAGGGCGAGAUACCACUGAAAAGCAGUCUCAGACAGAUGGCCGCCCAGGCCAAAGGCUCGCCCUUGGAAGUGUUGCGCGAGCGCCGCUACCGGACGAAAAUUUACGGGGCCGAGGAGAUCGACGAGGCGCUGCGCAACGAAAAUUGCCGGACCACGCUGCACGACGUGGAGCAGUACCACCGCAACGCGAGCCUCGGCACGAGGGUGAGGCGCCGAGGUGACAUCCCCGGCGAAAUCCCCCUCGUCGAUCCCAACGGUUGCUUCACUGACGAGCUCAUGGCCAAAACCCUCAAUCUGCUGAUCGACGCCGUGAAGAAAUUGUGGACCAAAUGCGACAUGAACUUGGCGGAGACGAAGCACGUCCGCGAGCUGAUCGAGAGCUGCGUCGCCUGCCGCGAACGACCGACGCCGCCGCCACCGCCGCCGCCGCCGCCGCGCAGCUGUCGAUACCAAUCGCCGUGCUUCCCGGGCGCGGAGUGUCAAGACACCUCCAGCGGCCCCAAAUGCCUGCGCUGUCCCUCGGGCUACUACGGCGACGGGCGCAACUGUCGCAGAUAUCCCAGCUGCGCCGAUCGGCCGUGCUUCGAGGGCGUCGAGUGCGUCGACACCCCGACCGGGACCACUUGCGGGCCAUGUCCUCGGGGCUACACCGGCAACGGUCAGCACUGCGAGCGCAUAAACGGCUGCCAGCCCAACCCUUGCUUCCCGAACGUGGCCUGCGCGCCGAUGAACGUGCCACCUUAUUUCCGUUGCGGUGGCUGUCCAGCCGGCUACAACGGCAACGGGCUCAACUGCCUCAGAGAGGACGAGUGCGACCUUGCCAAGCCGUGCUGGCAAGGCGUUAGAUGCUACAAGUACGACAGCGGAUACAGAUGCGAUGCUUGCCCAGAGGGAAUGACUGGCAACGUGUCGGAAGGCCGUGGUGUCGAUUACGCCUUGACCCAUCGCCAGUGGUGUUACAGGAUUGAUCCGUGUGGUGACAACAACGGCGGCUGCGUCGACAAUUCGGAUUGCUUCAACUCCGAGGGUGUAGCCAGAUGCGGCUCGUGCAAGACUGGCUUUGUCGGCAAUCAAACAGUAGGAUGUCAUCCGAGUCCUGACAUCUGCCCCGACGGUACCACCAGAUGCGACCCACAUGCUGACUGCAUUUGCAUCGCCGUUAACCAAUACUCGUGCAGGUGCAGUGUUGGCUGGGCUGGAGAUGGUAAGAUAUGCGGUAUCGACUCGGACAGCGACGGCUAUCCGGACGAACCGCUCGAUUGCCAGGACAUACGCUGUCGAGCCGACAAUUGUCCGAAAACCCCAAACAGCGGUCAAGAGGAUGCUGAUGGCGAUGGUCAGGGCAACGCCUGUGACGAGGACGCUGAUAACGACAAUGUACUCAAUCUAUCGGAUAAUUGUCCCUUGGUGCCAAACAGCGACCAAGCCGACAGUGAUCGCGAAGGCCCUGAUGACGUUGGCGAUGUAUGCGAUAAUUGCCCUUACGUAAAGAACAGAGAUCAGCACGAUACCGAUAAUGAUGGUCGGGGUGAUGCCUGCGACGAUGACAUUGACAAUGACGGUGUGCCGAAUGACGAGGACAAUUGCGUUAAGACUUGGAAUGCAGAUCAGAUGGACACCGAUCGCGACGGCAUUGGUGACGUUUGCGACAACUGUCCUCGAGUGCCAAAUCCUGAUCAAGCUGACGAUGAUGGUGAUCGAGUGGGUGAUGUGUGUGACAAUAAUACCGACAGAGAUAAGGAUGGUAUUCAAGAUGACAUUGACAAUUGUAUCAACGACCCAAAUCCCAGUCAAACGGAUUCAGAUAAUGAUGGUAUUGGUGAUAUAUGCGACGACGAUGCCGACAACGAUCAUGUUCCUAAUGAUCGUGACAAUUGUCCUUAUGUCCACAAUCCUGAUCAAGUAGAUCUCAACCGAGACGGUAUUGGCGACGCCUGCUACGAUGAUAAUGACAACGAUAAAGUUGCCAAUCUCAUCGACAUUUGUCCAAAUAAUAGUCGCGUCUGGGCCACAGAUUUCCGAAAGUACGACACCAUCGCCCUCGAUCCCUAUGGGAAAACGCAGGAGGAUCCAAUUUGGGAAAUUCAUCAUAAUGGCUCGGAAAUAUACCAGACUAUGAAUAGUGAUCCAGGCAUUGCUGUUGGUUUGGAUAGCUUCAGCGGAGUAGACUUUGAAGGCACGUUCUUCGUCAAUACAGAUAUCGACGAUGACUAUGUCGGUUUCGUAUUUUCAUACCAAAAUACUCGUCAAUUCUACACUGUUAUGUGGAAGAAAGUUUUACAAACAUAUUGGGAGCCAAAACCUUUCAGGGCUGUCGCUGAGACUGGUAUUCAAUUGAAACUGGUCGAUUCCAAAACUGGUCCUGGCGAAAUUAUGCGCAAUAGCUUAUGGCACACUGGAAAUACGAGGGAUCAGGUAAAACUAUUAUGGAAAGACCCGCGUAAGGUUGGCUGGAAGCAGUAUACACCGUAUAGAUGGCGAUUGAUCCACAGGCCAAGAAUUGGACUGAUUCGUUUGUGGAUCUACGAAGGCCAAAGACUGAUCGCCGAUUCCGGUAAUCACUUCGACUCAACCCUAAAGGGUGGAAGACUCGGUGUAUUUGCAUUCUCUCAGCAGAUGGUUCUCUGGUCUAAUUUAAAAUACUCGUGCAAAGAAACGGUGUCUUAUGAGGUAUACCGCACGCUACCCCCGAACAUACAGCCGCUCGUGCACACCGACUACAAUCGUCCUUUUACUCUUUCUUAACUUCCUGUAUAGCACCACGCGAAUCCUGCGGAGCUGGACGUAGACACGUACAUAUGACGCUCGCUUCUCUUCGCUGAUCGCGCUCGACAAACAGAUAAAAGUGGUGAAGAUUGUGCACGGGCAGACGAACGAAACAAAUUCAACGCAAAGCUUUCCGGGAUAUUAUGUACAUUUAUGAACGACCAAGUAAAGUCGAAUAUGUUUUUCUUUUUGUAUAGAUUUAAACGAUUCGACUAUAUAGAGAGACUAAAUACACGUGCGACGUUUUGUCAAAUAAAUUUGAAAGGACAACGAAGAACGUGCGACGGGAAUGUGUUUCGCUCUCUAUUUUCUUCUUCGUUACUGUAAUUAAACCAUACGAUAUAAAAAGAACGACAUUGUAUAAUGUUAAGAGGAAUCGUUUGGUGUGGCACAAGUGCAUUUUUACGAAUGAUAUAAUAAUUUUAUUUAUUUGUAAUCGGUAGCCCGAUCAGACAUUAGACGAAGAUAAAUUGUUUAUUCGUUUACAGUAUCAUUAGAUUUGAAUCUGCAUGAUUUGUAUGUUGUCGCCUCGCAAGCGGCGUAAAUAUUUUUAUUGUUUGUUUGUUUCGUGUCCUUUUGUAAUAAUCUGCUACGUUUAAUGGAGAAUUCGCAGUGUUCGAAAUUGACGCAGACAGUCUUCUUGCAACGCUUGCUCCGCUUGUGACAACAAAAUUGCGUAGCUUGAGAAAAUAUCGACGAAAGGAAAGACAAAACAAAGGACAAACAAUUAUUAUUUUUUUCAUUGCGCUUCUCCACGAAAUCAGUCGUUCUAUGUCGUCACUUUAGGUUUAAUUACAAUUAGUCAAGGGUUAGCAAUUUAGAAUUGGCCAUCCCUCCGUUUUAUGUUAUAUUUUGUUUACGGUUACAAUCGUACGCGGCUUUUCAAGUCGCGCGCUGCUGCGCGUCGAAAAAGUCUGCUCUG